AUGAGUUCACCAGCACAGGGCGGCCCGUCGGCCCCCAAGGAGAAGAAGGGCGUUAGCAGUCGAGUGUUGACGAGAAUGAAGACGAUGAUCAAGAAGGCAGAGAAGCGUAUUUCGCUGUCGGGACCCAGCAAGCCUGGUCCGUCGUCCCCUGCAGCUGCAGAGCCACCUGCUGGUGGUGCUCCUGUUACUGCUGCCGUCAUCCCUGCGGCGGCCACAGUCCCAGCCAAGAAGAAGGCCGAGGCAGCUGGUCUGGAACCGACAAAAGUGUCGCGAAUGAAGCUCCACGAGGAGCGUGCUCGGAAGCUAGGUGAGCGCUUCGGCCUGGAGAUACAGCUAAGCGAGUGGCAUUCGACUGAGGGCGAGGCUCUGCGUGUCAACAAGCCGAUCCGCAUGCGCGUCCACCGCGUCUGCCACGAGUGCAACACGGAAUUCGGUAGUUCGAAGGAGUGCACGAACUGCAAGCAUGCCCGGUGCAAGAAGUGUCCUCGGUACCCGCCGAAGCGGACGGAGGCCGAGAAGGUGGCCAGCCGCGAGCGGCGCGCGCAGAUUGUCAAGGAGCGGAAGGAGAAUGCUCCCAUCGUUCCGGACUGGGACCAUACUCGCAAGCCGAUCACUCUUACGAUUCCGUCCAAGAAUGGCGGCCGAGACCUGGUCUACAAGAAGCCUCGCCAGCGUGUUCGCCGGAACUGCUGCCAGUGCAACAAGAUGUUCCUCGCAGGAAACAAGAAGUGCCCUGGCUGCGAACACGCCCGAUGCACCGACUGCCCUCGGGACCCGGCCAAGAAAAACAAAUACCCGUAUGGCUACCCAGGCGACGAGUUUGGUGCCAAGUCUAUACCUCGCUACAGAUGCCAGGUGUGCAAGACCAAAUUCCCGGCCGAAACAGACAAUGGAUCGGAAUGCGCAAAGUGCUCGCAUCCUAAAUGUGCAGACUGCCCUCGUCUGCUGCCGCAGCGUGUGGAGCCUGAGCCGGAUCCGGAGAUUUUGAGGUCGAUUGAGAUUCGCAUGGCCAAGAUGAAGGUGGGCUGA